UGUUAAACCAUCAUCUCACUAUCAGCUUGGGUUGGCGAAGACUAGCAAUAAAUCAGAUCUGCCGCAUAUCCUCUCAGAGUCGCUCAAAGCACAGCUCUUUUUGUGAUGAUGUUAAAAAUUCAGGAUUCGAGGCUCUACCUGGCCCUAACUGCAUUUCUCUUAGUGGCAAUAUCGGAAGUGCACGGUAACCGGCUGCACCCGCCUACUACAAACCCAGGACCUCCAGCCACAUCCGAAGAUUGCUUCAAAGAAAAAGACGAGCGCUUAGUACAUUGCACUGAAGAAACGCUGUUUCAACCUUCGAUAUGCGACUGCGGCAACAGUGCCAUAUGUUACAUACGCCUUGUAAUCACGACAAAUGCUCAACCACGUGAUAAAAAAAAAUUACACAGUAUUAAUGGCGGUCGCAUUGGCCCGACGAUCAUCAUAAAACAUACCGCAACAUUAGCUGUUGAAGUGAUCAACAACAUGAAACUAUAUCAAACUUCGAUACAUUGGCAUGGCAUGCAUCAAAGGAAUGUCCCUUGGAUGGACGGAGUGGCAAAUGUAACGCAAUACGGAAUCCAACCAAACGGUGGGAAAUUCAGAUACAUACUCCGCGCUCAUCCUUCGGGAACUCAUUGGUAUCAUUCACACGUGGAAAAGCAGCGAGACGAAGGCAUUUUUGGAUCCCUUAUUGUUAAAGAAAAGCGUGAAACACUGGACAAAUUAGAGCAUUUGCUAGAAGUUGAAGAAAUCGAAGAUUUUCCUGAACGAAAUACGCUGUCUGUCACAGAACACGAGAGAGUAGGCAGACGUGAAAGAGGUUGUUUACCAGAUGGAUCCGCACCGCCAGAAAUAAAAGAUGAACAUGUCUCAUCAUUUCAAAUAAAUGGAGUAAAACUACACAAACGUGUACGAGAUGAUGAGCAGGUACCAUAUUAUACGGUGGAGAAGGGAAAAAACUACAGAUUUCGAGUGAUUGGCGCCAUAGAGUUUACCGUCUUUCGUAUUUCCAUCGAUGGCCAUAAAUUGUACGUGGUGUCAACGGACAGUUACCUCACGGAACCUUUUGAAACCGACGUUGUACAUGUUCACGUCGGCGAACGAUACGAUUUUAUCGUGAAGACCAAAACUGAUGUUCAACCAGGGACAAUAUUUCCAAUCCGAAUUGAGUCUGUGGAAGUAUAUUGUAACAACCACAGCCAACCGUUAGGUGUCGGAAUUGCGUAUCUCAGAUACUUCGCGCCUGUCAAAAGAGAACCAUGCAAAGAAAAUUGUGUAGCGCUAAACUGUCCAUUCGGGCACUAUCCUGUGGUUACCGGGUUUAAAAAUGCUCCAUCGUUUAAAUGCUAUAACGUCUACGAAGCUCUAAGCCUGCUCGUUCCCACUCCAUAUGAAGAACUUCCAGACGAUACCUACCCGCCUCCAGAAGUGGAGGAUUUCUUUAAUUUUGAAUUCAAAGCGACUGAUCGUUUGACCGUUAACAACGUUAAAUAUAUAUUCCCCAAAGUACCUUUUGCUAUGAGCUAUGGAAGUGUACCAGGCGAAUGCAAAUAUGGCGAAGACGCCGAAGAGCGCUGCGACAAAGCGGGAUGUCCACACGCAGUCUAUGUAAAGAAAAGGGGAUCUUCAAUGUCUAUUCGAUUCGUCUUGUCUGCGCUACCAGAAAAGAUAAGAGACGAACAUGUCGGGAAUCUGGUCACACAUCCAAUCCACUUGCAUGGUCAUUCCUUCUGGGUUACAAAGAUCGCCUAUCCAAGUUAUUAUUUGAAUGGUACUAUAAAAGCAGUCAACGACGAUAUAGAUGUACCAAGCUGUGGACAUGGACACUGGAAGAACAACAUCCAACCACAUGGACUUCGGGUUGACCAGACAACGAUACGCAAGGAUGUAAUCAUCGUUCCUGCUGGUGGUUACGUUGUGAUCGAGUUCCUUGCGACAAAUCCAGGAUGGUGGCUCAUGCAUUGCCACAUUGACCCCCAUAUUCUCAAUGGAAUGGGUAUUGCCGUAGGUGAAGAUGUCCACUGUCAAAAUCCACCACCACGUGGACUGAAUGAAACAAAUAUUACAGAAUUCUGCUGGACCGUUAAAGAUUUCGAGGAAAAGGAGAAAUACCAAUGUGAGCAACAAAAAGAGAUGUCCACCCAAGGUCCAAUCUUCUCCGACGAGGAGAGAUUUUUCCCGAAUGAACCGGAUGAAGAAUUUGAUGUCAAGAGCGAGAUGGACGAGGGUGAAUCUCCCGGCGAGGAUUAUGAAGAACAAUGGCUGAAUCCAAGGAUGAGUCUGAGCAAGCACAUGAAGAAAAUGCAGAAAUGGUUUUAGAAGGAACAAUCUCUUUCAUGUUUUCAUAUUUUUUACAUAAUUUUUCGUAGUUAAUGCAUGCACUUCAAGUUGUAGAAACUAUAUUUCAGAGAGCUCGAAGGACGGUUUUUAUAUUUCAACUAUUUAGCCAAGAAUUUUAUUAUUGUACGCACGUUAAAAAUAGCACAUUAAAAGAAAAGGUGAGCACAUUAUGUUUACUUACCUGCACUGUAGCUCUGUGAAAUUAAUUUCGAACCGAAAUAAAGUAUAUUUCAAGAGGUAUCAGGUUGUUUUAACGGAUAAAAAGUGAUUUCAAUUUGAAAAGUAGUUCCAGUCCUUUCCCGCGUUUUCAGAUCACCUGGACGGGCGCUAUAAAUGUUUCUCCUGCAAUAUUCGGAUUCGGAAACUGUCGGAAGACGCAAGAAACACGUUUUAAUAACAGUCUCGCUGGUUGAAAUACGAAGCAAAAAUCACGACAUUCUGGAUAGAGAUUUAAAAAAAAAUAGACUGCUAAUAGCAUUCAGAAAAUUAAGAAAAGCAACCAUUAAAGCCACCUCGUACCCAGGCUCUUUUUACCUCCUCGGGCGGUCUUCCCCCUAUCACACAGCGAAAUUACCCUGGGUACGAGGUUGUAAGAAAAGCUGCUGGCGUUUAGUGAAC